CCAAGUACAACCGACCAAUCAUCACACAGAGAGACACACCGAUGACCAAUCCUCAACCAGAUCGAUUGACGCACUCACCCAUAGGGUGGAGUUGAGACGGUGGGCGUGGCACUAGCUGCUCGCUUCUGAUUCGUCCGCUGGUGACGACACUGAAGGCGUUUCGCUUGUUUUGAAAUUGGAAGUCUGCAGCGCUUCUGUGCAGUCGAGCGUCCGCUAAAGACAUACAAACUGUUGCAUACCUCCGCGCGCGCAUGAAGACACGGCGGGAAAGCGCCUUCUCCAGGAUCUCCAACUGUGUUUGACAGAUCUGAUGCGUGGGAGGAAUAUGGAUGUUAUUCCAAUGUGUAGUAUUUUCCAGGAGCUGCAGAGUGUUCUUGACACGGGAUACCUGUCUGCAUUACCAUCUCUAGAAGAGUACUGGCAACAGACUUGUCUGGAGCUUGAGCGCUAUCUGCAGAAAGAGCCCUAUGUCUCUGCAGCUGAUCUGAGAUCAGUAUACCAGUCUGACAACCUUUGGAAUCAGAUUCUGCGUUGCUGUGGGACUGAACCGAGCUCGUCCCUGCCGGAAGCUUCCAUCCCCAAGCAGGACGGGAUCGCUACGGCUUCCCAUUUGUCAUUCAGCACUGCAUCAGCUGAUGUGCACACACACACACUGGAUCACAGCGUAUCUGAGCAGCAGCAUGUAAGACCCUCCUCGCCCUCACUCCCUCUCAUGAAGGAUAAAGAAGAUGCAGAAGGGGUGAGAGGGGAUGAGGGCAAUAGUGUGGGGUCACUUGAAGGACGAAGGAGAGCUCAUCGCUGUUACUUCAACGGCUGCAGGAAGGUGUACACCAAGAGCUCUCAUCUGAAAGCACAUCAACGCACACACACCGGUGAGAAACCAUACAGAUGUUCGUGGGAUGGCUGUGUGUGGCGCUUCGCUCGAAGUGAUGAACUGACGAGGCACUUCAGAAAACACACCGGAGCCAAACCUUUCAAAUGCAGCCACUGUGACAGGUGUUUCUCUCGUUCUGAUCAUCUGGCCUUGCACAUGAAGCGACACAUCUGAACGCAAAUCCCAAAGACCUGUCACAGCUGGUUUUCUAUGUAUUCGCUGAGUGUCAGUGUUGCAGAUUUUGCACCCUCUUGUUAAAGAUAUAAUUUUAGCAGAACAUGGAUAUUAGCUUUUUUUUUUUGUCCUAUGCUUAUGACUUAUUCAAUUCAAGUUAAAGCAUAGCUAUAAAGGCACUGAAAAGGCAGAAAGUCUGGUACGGAAUGUAAAUUAACAUAUUAACAGACUUUUGCAAAUUGCAGUGACUAUGUAUGUCAAAAUCAAAAAUAAUAUUUUGCUAACGUGUUUAUAUCCAGAGCAGCUAAGUGUCCAUGUACCUUUAUAAAAAAUACAUAUUUGCGCUAGAAGUGUUUAUUACAAUCUCAGAUUUACUAAUAUGUUCCUAUAAUAUACUAAUAUGUAGCAUUUAGGAGUGAAUAAAGUACAAAUGACCUGCUUUAUCCAGCAGUUACAGGUACAUUAGUCAAACUAAUAUUACUUGUUCUGUAAACCAAUAAAUUUAACAUUAGUGCCUUAAAAUGGUUCUCUUAAAGUCAAUUAUAAGCUAUUCAUUAGUAAUCACUUUGGCCACUUAAAGUUCAGGUUUGAUGAUCAGUUUUUUCAGAAGGACUGGAAUGACUGAAUUGUGCAAUUGAAUGAUUGUUACCCAAAGAGAGGAGCUGGAUUUGCUGCUGUGUAGUAUGCUAUAAUUUUAUGAUUUUGAAACUUGCAUCAUGAUAUUUCACUGCUUUACCGAGCACAAACUGACAUCAUGUUGGCUCAGAUGAAGCUCUAGCAUUUGUUGUCCAGAUGUUUUAAGCCCUGCAAAUGUUACAGAGACAAGGAUGUUCACUCAUUGAUUGAUUAUAUGAAAGCUGUUGAUGUCUUACUGGAAGUUGCAGUAUCUUAAGGGGAAUUUUAAAAUGCACUCCAAUAUUAUCAUAUUAUUAUAUUAUUAUUAUAUUACAUUAGUUUCAUGCAAAAAAAAAAAGUAAAUUUAAUUCUACCUGUACACCAUGGUAAUUUUUAAUCAUUCAAAUCUUUGUCUAAAGGGACUGAUGUAAAUGUUUUUUUUUAAUCAUUUUCUUUGUUAAAAGCAGAUUUCUAUGUAAAGCAAAUAUAUUGUAAGAUUUUUAUUAUUUUUGUGAAUACAUUUUAUACGACAAGAAUAAUGAAUGAUUUUUUAUAAAACUCUGUUAUGUGGUUUCAUCAUUUUGUGCACAAAAUUACACAUUAGAGAGUAGAGUGAGAUCCUGUAUCAGAAAAAAGACUGUUUAAACUGCAAACAGACUCUUCUGGAACAUUGUGUGGUCAAAAAUAUGGUGCACUGUGUUCAGUGUUAGAACAAAUGUUCAAUACUUCAAGUUCAUGGCAUUGUUUUAUAGACUUUUACCUCUACACUUAAAACAGACAUCAGUGAGAUGAAUGACAUGUUCUACAGACCCACCUUCACUAAAAUACUGCAGAAUAAAACUUCAAACAAACCCAAUUUAAAAAGAUAUUUUAAAAUAGAAAUUCUGAUUUAAACAGGAUCAGUAGAUUUCAGUUCUGGAAAGAACAAAUAAUGUGUUAUAAGUCAUACAGUAAGCUAUAACAUAAAUUCUCAUUUAUUAAGAUAAUGCUAAAUUCAUCACAAAUCUGCAAUAAUAAAAUAAUAUAAAAACAUUUUAAAUGUUAAAUGGAUUUCCAACAUGUAAUAAAAAUAUAUAUUAUUUUACUGUGGUAGCAAUGAUUGUUCGGAAUAGGGGAGUAAUCCAUGAUCAUUCUUUAUAAGGGCAAACUCCCUCCAGAAAUCUCUUUAUCUGUUUAUAUUUCUUACAUAUAUAUUUAACCUUACUGGGUACUCCCUGUAUGCCUUUGCCUUUGACAAACUUGACCUUUGUGUCAAUUUACUGACCUCUUCUACUCUUUCUACUGACACCUGUCGGUCAUUUUAAAAAGUGCUCGGUAAAGUGGUCAAAUAUUAAUAAACCUGCAUCCUGCAUUUCUUAAUCCUUUGUUUUAAAAGUAUGUAUAUUUUUCCAUACAAUAUUAUUAAAGUGUAACAUUUAUUUUA